AUGUCCGACCGAAACAGGCAACAGCACCUAAGCCAGGAGUCCGCCACAACACGCUUUAUGAAAGGCGCUGGUCAAGUGAAUGACCCGGAUAAUAAGCUUUGGGGACCAGCGAAAUGGCUGGUUGGCAUGAUUCAAUAUCUCGUGGCCGUCAUGAUGGUCACAAUCGCGGAGGGUUUCAAGGCAAUCCUCAGCGGCAAGAAACCACAAGGUCGAAGACGGCCUCACGGCCAGUAA